AUGUCUGACAGUUUCUUCAUCAAAAAUAAGACGGCAAUCAUAGUCACUGCGUUGGCAGUAAGUUCAGCUGUUGGUGCUUACUGGUUUUACAACCAACUGCAAUCAACUACCACAUCAUCUACAUCAAAAGAUCUUGGUGGUGAUAGUACCACUACAGGCUCAUCAUCAAGUAAGAAGAAUAAAAAAAAGAAGAAGAGCAAGAAUUCAUCUUCACCCGACCCAGAAGCUUCUUCAGCAGGCAACAAUCACAAGAAAUCUCCUAAAUACCCAGUAAACUCUAAAGGGUUACCUGAAAUCACAUCGGACGUUGUCAAGAAAUUAUCAGAACAAGAAAAGGAAGAAUGGGCAGUUCAAUUGAAGGAGGAUGGAAACACUGAAUUCAAAAACAAAAAGUAUGAAAAUGCCAUUGCAUAUUAUACUGCUGCUUUACAAUUGAAGAAAGAUCCAAUUUACUACUCCAACAGAUCUGCGUGUUAUGCUGCUCUAUAUGACCACGAAAAUGUCAUCAAAGAUACCACUGAAGCUAUCAAAAUGAAACCUGAUUACACCAAAUGUAUCUUGAGAAGAGCAACCUCUUAUGAAACUUUGGAGAGGUUUGAAGAUGCCAUGUUCGAUUUGACCGCAUUGACCAUUUAUGGUGGGUUUUCAAACAAGUCGGUUGAGCAGAUUUUGGAAAGAGUGUUGAGAAAACAUUCAAUCAAAAUUGUCAACCAAAAGGAGAAAACCUACCAAUUGCCUUCUGCUGCUACAAUUGGUUCCUUCUUUGGCGCAUUUGCUGAUGAACCUCACUUGGACGGUGCUGAUGAAAAUAGCCAAGGUGGUGGUAAAUUCUUGUAUGAUGCUAUAGUUAAAAUCAAGGGAAACACAAAGGAAGGCUACGACGAAGCAGACACAUUGAUCAAUCAAGCCGUGUCUGCAUUGGAAGGUGAUGAAUCCAAGAAGGAGUUGUACGCUGUUGCAUUGGAGUAUGCUUCAGCAUUCCACUUUUUGAAGAAUGAUCCAUCCACUGCUGCUGAUGUAAUCAAUAAAUCAAUAUCCAUCCAACCAAGGGCAAGAUCUUAUGUAUUUAGAGCAUUGAUCAACGCUGACAAAUCUUCUUAUGACGAAGCCUUGAAUGAUUUCAAAUUGGCUCAAAACUUGGAUCCAAACUCGCCUGAUAUCUUCUACCAUUUGGGUCAAUUGCAUUACCUUACUGGUGAUUUAACCAAUGCCGAAAUCAAUUUCCAAAAGGCCAAGUCCUUGCACCCGGAUAACGUUUAUGCUUACAUCCAAUUGGCUUGUAUCACGUACAAGAAUGGUCAUCGUGAUUUAGCUGAUGAAAAAUUCACUGAAGCAAAAUUAAAGUUCCCAACCAGUCCAGAGAUCCCCAACUAUUAUGGAGAAAUUUUGGCUGACAAAGGUGACGUUGAAGGCGCCUUGAGACAAUUUGAUAUUUCUGCUAGAUUGCAAGAGAAGUUGGAUAGAUUUAGUGUUGGUGCCUUGCCCUUGAUUAAUAAAGCCACUGUUAUUUCUAGAGAGAGUUUGGAAAGAAUUGGUGAAGCUGAAACCUUGUUGACAAAAGCUUGUGCAUUGGAUCCUAAGUCAGAAUUGGCAAGAAUUUCAUUAGCACAAAUCAAGUUACAAAAAGAUGAAGUUGAUGAUGCGAUUGUCCUUUUUGAAGAAAGUUGUGAUUUGGCCAGAUCCAUUGAAGAAAAGGUUCAAGCUAUCUCAUUUGCUGAAGCUACCAAAAUGCAAAAGAGAAUUAAGAAUGAUCCUGUUUUGACUAGAAAGAUUGCUGAGUUGAUGGGACAAAGUGGUGUUUUGUAA